AUGGCCCCAGCAAAUCAAACGGUUGUAUGCGUCGCUGUACUGCUAGAGCAAAACAUGCCUCAAGUCAACACCAUCAUCAGCUACCUUCCGCUCGCACUCGCUGCCUAUUCUGCAGGGAUCUCCUUCACAUCGAUUGCCUUGAGGGCGACUGUAAGCGGUAGUGGCUUUCUAGGCGCGGUUGCAUCCUAUGGACUCCUCACGACGUCGGAGAUAAUCAAUGUUCACACCCCAGGGUUCUUCGACAUCAUCUUUUAUACCCAGUUCAUGGUGAUGACGGGCCAACUCUCCAUCAACUACCCUUCGUUCUACUCGACCUUCACUGCUCUCUUUCACUGGUCAUUCCUUGAGUUCCGCAAUUCGUUUGCAGGGCAUGGACCCGACAACGCAACUUAUGUUCUGACCUACGGCGGCGCUGGAUCUGUCAACCAAGUCAAGGAAUCCCCUUUCAGCUACAACGACAGGCUUCUUGCAAAACGACUCUUACCAGAAUCUGGGCAGGAAACCCUCGCCAUGUCGGAGAUGUUUCGCGCGAUGGAGGUGAAACUGCCUGUCAAGGAAGCGAUCCCUGCACGAGUACCGGCACCCACCGCUGUUGUUGAUGCGAAGCUAAGGAAGCGCCUGGACCCCGAUCCCAAUCUGAGUACAGUCUCCCCGCAACCCACGCCAACAGGCCCUACGGGCACCACCAGUACAACUACAACGACUACAACAACGACGGCCUCCACAUCAACUGAAUCGUCAUCGACUUCGUCCAAUAAAUCGACGACCUCAAAGACACAAUCGGACGCUACGACUGUUUCUCAACUUCCUACGACGCCCACACCUACACCUACGCCUACGCAGAGCACCCCUAUCAUUCCCAUCAUCAGUGACCCAUUCAACAACAACAAUGUGGGUUUUAAACAGUACAAUGUUUCUCUCUUUGGUCUGGAAGCGUAUGCUGCAGCUAUCGGAGCAUACCCUUCGGACCUCUUUCUUUGCACCUUGAUUAACACUGUUUUGGCAGGAGGGGCGUCCUUGUUCCUCUCAACCGUUGUGCUUGUCAUCGUAUGGUUCUGUGCCAAGGAGAGCCGUCAAAAGGGCAGGGCUUUGCAGCACGCCUUCGACUUCGUCGCAGGCAACGUGAUUCGCGUUUGGCUGCUAUUGUUCACACCAUUGGCGCUGUCGGCAAUGUUCCAGUUGACCAUUUCAGGAGACACUACCAUGAUGGCGAUCGCCUCAACAUCACUGAUAGUCCUUACAGUAGGCACCAGUGUCUUUCUUACUUGGAGGAUCCUUCGCUCUGCAUCAGGAGACAAUCACCUGGAGGACUUUGGACUCCUUCUCAAGUACGGAGCUCUCUACAACACCCUUGCCGAAGAAGGCACCCUGUUUUUCCUUGUCAAUCUCCUGGCUCGGUUCUUGUGGGGUCUCUCGGUUGCCAUGCUGUCGGCAUAUGGAAUCGCUCAAGUUGCCGUCCUGAUGGUUGUUGAGCUCGGUUAUAUGAUGGUCAUUGGAGUGAAAUGGCCGUUCUCCGACUCUGGCGACAACAAGUUCCACAUCCUACUUAGCGUUGUCAAGAUCUUAGUCACUGGAUGCUCUAUUCCCUAUAUCCAAGAGCUCAACGUGACUCCCAAGACCCGUCAGAUCUUUGGAUACGUCCAGAUGGGUCUUCACUUGUCCGUCUUUGUUGUGAUCUUUGCGCUUGUUCUGUGGAAUACCAUCCAGGUGGUCAUGUUCUGGCAGGCUCGGCAUGAGCUCUCGUGGCAAGGACCGAUCAAGAACUACGGUUUCGAGGACAAUGCAGAGACGGAGCAGGAUUGGAUUGAUACAGGGCGACCCGUCAGCCACCGACCCGAUGAUUCGUCGCUGGUCGAUCUUUCCAAGACGAGGCGUUACACCGUCGAGCCCUACAUUUCUUCCGCGAGCGACUCUGGCCGAGAUUCAUUACGUCCCCUACCUCCCGGAGAUAGGACAUUCGGAAACCGAGCAAGUAUCCGACAAUCUCACCUUCCCCCGAACUAUCGCUUGUCCAGAUUCCCGUCAGACGACGAUCGCCUCGCUCAGCCCGACUUGCGCUCAGAGGCGAUGAGACCUUUGUCGAGUGCUGCAGGACCCAUGUCUGCACGAUCCACUUCACCUCCCCCGCUCUCCCCCGGAGCCUCUGUCGAUUCCUUGGAUGGAGGCGCCAUUCCACUUCAGCCCACACAACUCUCCAAAGCACGAUUCCAACCUCCCGUGCGCGACUCUUAUACCAGAUCUCAGAGGAUGAAUCACCAGCAGGCGACGCAGGAUAUGAGAACCAGGCGGAUGUCCGAGAUUUUCAGGGACGGCCGGUAUCUCUAUGAGCCAAAUGAUCCUACACCGCCUACAGCUGCUGCACCAGUCGAGAAGACGAGUGUCUGGCAAUCUGUCAAGGGCACAUUUGGCGGCGUCUUCAGCAUGAAGAAGCCCUCUAUCAAGCGAUCGUCUGGUGAUGGUUCCAAGCCCAAGGCCUUUGAGGUCAUUCGACCUAACCGACCUCCAGCUGUCAUGGACACUGCAGAUGACGCCUCUCAGGUUGGGGACGACAACUUGCGAGAGUUGAACUCUAUCGGAAUCGGCCGCUUCUUCCAAGAAUCGAGCCGGAACUAUGAGCGAAACAGGAGUCUCUUUGUCGCCAACCCCGAGGCCCUGGCUUCGCAAGCAGGAUCUGUCCGGUCGUCAUUAUCGAUGCCUGCUCCACCAACCAUGUUGCAGAGGACCGCAUCUGAUGCCACCUCGAAUGGUGUCCCAUCCGGUCGAGCCAAGCCGCUGAGGAAUAUGAGUGCGGAUCUAACCUCAGUCUUGACAGGAAUGGACUCUUCCUUCUCGGAGAAUACUGUGUCUGAGAGCAGGAGACAGUCUACACUGAGCGCACAACAGUCUGGUCCAUCUCGCCAGUCGGUUGAAGGCAACCUCCUGACUGAGACCCCCCUCAAGCUUCAAGGAGGUGGAAUCCUGAAGUUCUCCAAGGGUCCCGAGAAGGCGGUUCAAUACUGGCGCAAGGAGUCGGGACAAUAUGUCGAGUCACAGGCUGAUCCUGAGCGGAAGCUCAUGUCGUCGCCAUCUCUCCUGAUGCUCCCAACGACACGAGGCGCGUUCUUGGACACCAUCCCGAUCGACACAGCAACUGGCAGGAAAACCGCUACGCCGUCGAUCAAGAGCCGGGCUGGAAGCAGACCUGAGAGCCCCACGGAGAGUCAUCAUAGCAAUAACGUUGCGGUGAGCGCAGGAAGAAUGCACGAGAUUCUGGACAGGAUGUUCUCGGAUGACCAAGAUGGUGAAGGGUCUGACACGAUCAGCGAGGACGAUGAAUCGUGCUCAACAUUCUCAGGACGCGUUUCGGCUACCAUUCUGGCGCUUCACCAGAAGCGCGAACAGGAGGAGCUUUCGGAUGGACAGUCGCUCUACCGUCCGGACACACUGGAGCCCGUUCUGGAGUAUGCCGAUUCGGAUGACGAAGGAGAGCGGGACCUGAGAAGAGCAGCAUCUUCAGUUUCAGUAGCAGCAGCGCCAGGUAGCGGAAGGUUGACUCCCAAGAGGGCAGCCUCUUCCACGGCGCUGGGAGCUCGAAUCACAAGCCGGCCCACAUUGAUGAGGACAGCGUCGAACCCGUCAACGAUCUUGAGGCCGUCCAAGAGUGGGUCGUUCGGCCGUCCCCUUGCACAGACUCCUUUGCAUUCGCCGUCUGUCCUCCCCUUUUCUGGAUCGACUCCAUCGCUCCUUCUUCCGGCGAUGUUGAGUCGCCAGAGCUCACAUUCCUCAUUACGCGAGACUACCAAUUUUGGUUUGAGGCCACCUCGGUCAGGCUCUCCACAUAUUACGAACCCAUAA